AUGGCUGAAGCACUCAUUUCCAUGCUCACAGAACAGUUGGCCUCAAUCAUCCAACAAGAGGUCAGACUAGUUGUGGGUGUUAAGAAAGAAGUGGCAAAACUCACCAGCAAUUUCAAAGAUAUUGAAGUUGUGCUCGAGAAUGCAGAGGAGAGGCAGGUGAAGGAGGUGGGCGUGAGACAAUGGCUGGAGAGGUUGAAGGAUGUAUCCUACGAGAUGGACGACGUGUUGGACUUGUGGAGUACUGAAAUCCUAAAACAACAAAUUCAGCAACAAGAAAAAGCUGCUAGUAAUGCUGGUAGUACUAGUACUACCAAGAAGGUACAUUUCUGCAUUCCUGCCCCUUGGUUUUGUUUUGGCCGUCAAGUAGUUCUUCGUCAUGACAUUGCUGUGAAGAUAAAAGAACUAAAUGAAAGAUUAGCUCUGAUUGCUAGUGAAAGACAAAAGUAUGACUUUCAAUACACGAAAAGAGGAAUUGAACAAAUUGUACGACAAAAAAGUUCUUCUUUCGUUGGCAAGACAUUUGGUUGA